AUGUGCUGGAAGUGGAGCCGCAGUGACUCGCCACUGCAGAAAUGGCAGGACAAAAUCAACAGUGGGUUUGACAAGCUGGUGGCCUUCGCGUCCCAGGUGGACAAGAGAAGGAAGUCCACCGAGGCCGCCUCCCCCGCCCCGACGGCCUGGCCUCACCCCUCACCGGCCGCCCCCUGCAUCCCCCCGGCCCUGAUCCCCACCCCCUGGAGCUGCCCGGGGGCUUCCGCGGCCGCCCCGAUGAGGACUGCGGCCAGCGGGGCGACACUCUGCCCGGCCCCCCUCCAUACUCCCCCCACUCACCCCCCACUCUCUCCCCCAGCCCCAUCCCUCACGGCAGGCCCCCCACCCCACAGUCACCCCGACCCCCUGUCCGCACCCCACCCAUCACCUCACCCCCGCCCACCCCAUCGCCAGACCGGUGUGGGGCGGAGUCCCCGGGGCUGUACCCCCCACGGGGCGCAGACACUCCUCCCUACCUCCCCCCGAGGUGGAGGCGACGCGGCUGGCCUCUCCCCCCGCACCCCCGGCCACUACCACCAUCACCACUUCAAGAAGAAAUUCUACCACAAGGAACAGCUGACCCCCCUGGAGGGGUCACCGCCCCCCCCACCACACCACCACAGCACCACCACCACCGCUGCCACCACCACCACCACCACUACCAGCCACCACAACAGCCAUGGCCACCAUCACAGCAGCAGCCACCACCACAACCACCACCAUGGGGGGGCCACCACCACCACCACCACCACCAUAGCCCCACCGCCGCGCCACACCACGCCAAGUUCCGUCCCAAGGGGAAGAACUGGCAGUGGAGGAGCCGCUCGGCGCACCACCACCACCACCACCACCGCCGCUCACCACCGCCGCAGCCCUACGCACCGCACCACCACCAUCACCACCACCGCCACCCCCUGCCUAUCAGGGAGGGGGCGCCGCGCCACCACCAUGCCCUCCUGCCUCCUGCCCCCCUCCAGGGCCGCCCUGCUGCACCCCCCACCCCAGCCCUACUACCACCCCUGA